AUGAAGAAUGCAUGGAAGACCUUUCAGGGCAGACUUGAUGUGGUCGAACAGAACCAGAAGACUCAGGAGGGCGACAUCACCACCAUCAAAACGCGAACCAAAGUACUUGAGAGGGACAACAUGGCCACCAAAGGUCGACUUGAUCGAACGGGCAAAAAGAUGGAGGAGAUCACGGAGGACGUCAAGAACAUGCAGGUCCAGAUCGGUGAGCUACAGGAAAAAACCAAACAGCUUACUGAGGCAGCUGGUUCCAAGCAAGCUCCUCCUCCAGUACCACCUCAACAACCGGAUCCAUGGGGUGAAUACUUACGAAGGAAUGGACGAACUGUUGCUCCACCAGUUAGCCCCCCUCUCCCUUCACCGAGUGCUCAGGGUGAAAAGGGUGAGUCGCUCACGGAGGACGAGAAACGCACAUUGGUGCUUGGAGGAUGGCUCCGGGACACCAAGAGGGCCAUCAUUGAACAGGAGUUCGCAGACAUUGCGGCGAUCGAAGGCUUCAAGGCUUUGGUGGACACGGACAAACUUGUUGUGUACGGGCCCCGACGAUCAGUUGGCAUGCUCAAGUUCCAGGAACGAGAAGGCGAGGACUACAACGCCGUCCGCAACCGCAUGUGGGAAACCAUCCGCUUUCUUCAGCAGCUCAGGCAGCCACUUAAGAGCACUAAAGAGGAGGGUGAGGUGAAACUUCUUUGGGGGAGCUUCGUCAAGACCAGACAAGCACGAGCCAAAAGCGCACAUGUUAGCCUCAUUCGGCGGGUGACCAUUGGUCUGGCCCUCGACAGCAAGGAUGCCAACGGCAGCAUUGCGUGCUCUGGUGUGGCAGCCAAAAACUUGGAAGCGCAUCUCACCGCCCUCCUCGUGAGGGUGAACAUGUACUUCUUUCUGGAGGGUGG